AUGCUCGGAACAAUCACAGCAGAGCAUGCCAGAAAGGACAUAGAGUCCGCAAAAGCAACAGGAUUUGAUGGAUUUGCACUGAACAUUGGCGACCCAACGGCCUCUUUCAUCGACACAUCCCUCGGAUAUCUCUACGACGCAGCAGACUCAAUCGGUGGCUUUGGCCUGUACGUUUCCAUGGACGUCUGGGCAUCUGGCGACGCUUGCUGGCAUGGGCGUGACUCGUGCAAUGGGCCCCUGGACUACCACUGGAUCUUCCAGAAGUACAAGGGUCGUGCAUCCUACUAUCAGUGGAAUGACCUUCCCGUCAUCAGUACGUUCUCCGCUGCAGACUUCGACAAUGUCAAGUGGAACAAGUGGAAAAAGACUUUGGCGAACGAGAUGUUUUUCAUCCCCGACUUCGAUAAGACCACGGGCUACUACGAAUCUCAUCCUGGGUGGUGGGAAUACUGGGGAGAUCUUGUGGACGGGCUUUUCAGCUGGGAGUCCGCAUGGCCCGAGAGAGACGGUUAUGGCAGCAGGAGCCCUGGGGACGUCUCUCUGGACCUCAGCAUUGCCCAAGGCGCCCACAACCACAGCAAGCUCUAUAUGGUUCCUUUGAGCUUUCUGCAGUACAAGAACUCUUACAACGUCUCGGUGUACCGCGCCGGUCUUCAUGCUCUUCCGAUGCGUAUGAAAGGAAUCCUCGACCAGAUGGACCAGGCCGACUUUGUCCAGUAUUUGACGUGGAACGACGGGCCCGAAAGCCAUUACAUUGCGGAACUAUGGUCGGAACAAAAUAGCGACGCCCAACCAUGGCUGUACAUGAACCAGAAAAUGUUCGAUCACACGGCGCUGCAACCUCUCAUCGCUUCUUUCAACCACGCCUUCAAGAGCCGCACCGAUUCAACCAGUAUGACUCCGCAAAAUGGAGCUGUUGCCGUUGGCGCGAUGUGGCAUCGGCCAAUGACCGAUGACGCAGUUUGCAAUCCUGUGGUGAAAACCAUAUACACUUCACGCCCUUCAGGCUCUGAAGACUACUACAGUCGCAACAUGGCGUACUGGAGUGUCGUUCUCAAGCCGGGACUUCCCAGCGGCUACAAGAUCUCCAUCCAGGCAGGCGAGGAGGAGCACACACAGGUUCUUACGUCUGGACUCAACUACGGCAAUGGUGCCGGCAAUAUUCAAGCCGGGAUUCAGACGAUGAAGCUUCUUGACCCUGCGGGGAAGACGAUCAUGUCGGCUAGGUCCAAACGAUGCGUUUCGUCAGGAUGUCCGCAAGGCAUUUACAACUUGAACUACCUUGUCACUGCUUUCGAAGAUGGAGCUAGCGAUUCAACUUGCCAGCCGAUCGGAACCGAGGUGAUGCCCAUGAACGCUGUCAAGGAGCUCGAGAUACCCAGCUGUGGCAGUGACAAGAAUCAUUGGCUUUGCCAAAUUUGUAACGCCUCCGACAUAUCGAUUUUCGAAAAAGCAUCCGUCAAGUGGGAAGCUGGGAAAACCGACAUCGCGCUACAAGAUUUUCAGACAUGGUGGAAGAAGAAGAAGACUGCCAUCCAAGCAUCCUACGAGAACGGCACUUGGUCGCAAGGAGCGGCAGGGUAUUUCCGCUUCGAUGAGCAGUUUGUUUGCGACAACAGGGAUUUUCUUGGAUGCAUCGCCGACGUGGGGUGUAAGAUAAACGACCCGUGGACUAUCGCAGGCUCAAACAUCUUGACAUCCAUGAGCCGGAUCAACAAUGUCUUCAAUGCUUGGCUGACCGCGAUUGACUCUGCCACGAGUCAAGCGACUACUAUGAAGAACACCUUUCUGGAAAAGUUUGUGUACGACCCCACCAAGGACAUCACCACACAAAUGAACACUUGGAUCUUGACCCAAGUUUUCGAUGCUGUUGGAGGUGGAAUUUUCAACCGACUUUCCAACAUCAUCGGUGAGAGCACCGUUGCUGAAGAAGCUUGGAACUCUAUGUACAGCCUUGCCCAAGAGCAAAUGACGAAAGCUCUGGAAAAGGCCGAAAAGGACAAGAUGACGACAAUCACCGAUAUCGAGAGCAUGAUCGUUAAUAUCCACGACAUUCAAACAUCUGCAGUUGAAGCAAUCAGGUCCGCCUACUUCAACGAGAAUGACAUCUCCUUUUUCGCCUCACAGGUCAAAAGCGGGAUGUGGAUUAAGAGCUCCAUCCUCGACACUUUGGACCUUUCGAAGGCGAUGAAGCAAAUAUUCUUCGGCAACCUCAUUCAGAAGGCCUGGUAUUCCAACCCCACAAGUGAACCGGUCAUCAUUAUGGUCGAGGAUGAUGCUUCCGACGUCAACCCCUUCGCCUGGAAGGGUGGAGCAUCCGGCCAGCCUGAGACGCUUGACAAGGACGAUGUCAACGCUGCUCGUUUUGUCAAAGAUGGCAAGACAUUCUUCCUUGUCGGGGCUACCAACUGCCAGCAAUGGAAGACUGCUGAUGGAACGAAUGAGUACACGUGUGACCAGGACGCGUUUCAGGGGCUGCAAGGCAUUUCACAGCUCAAGAGCGAUGCUUCGGAGUGGGGAGGCCUCACCAAGGACAGCAUUGUGACCAGUGUGUGGGCAGGCUACAAGUUGAAUGGCAACGCCAACGGUUACAACAUCAGUGCGAAUACGGACAACUCACAGAGGGACUCGAAUGGAAACAAGCAGCUGACCAUGUACCCGAGCGGAGCAGAGACUCCUGGCGUGUUCUCGAUUCCAAUCUGUGACUACAAGACUGCUUACCGCAACUUUGCAGCCGUUGGAGGAUGGAACUAG